CUCCCCUUUCAGGGAAGGAUAAAGAGAGCCAGUGCACAUGCUCAGAGAUGCUCACUAGCAGUUUGCUGCAGCCAUUCAAAGAGACCAUCACAAAGGCAAGUGAGACACCAGUGAAGGAGGAAGACGCCACUAGCGAAAUGGUGAAGCCCUGCAUAAGCAAACUGAUCGUUUUAGUGCCUUUAAUGCUUGUAGUUGGGCUUUUUUCUACCAAGCCAGCUACAGCCGAAGAAGAAUCAGGAACUACAAUCCCUGCUGAAAGUCGCCCAUGUGUUGACUGCCAUGCGUUUGAGUUCAUGCAGAGGGCUUUGCAAGAUUUAAAGAAAACGGCAUACAACUUAGACUCACGGACUGAGACCUUGCUUUUUAAAGUGGAGAAGAGGACUCUGUGUGACUGUUUAACUGCAAAUGCACUGAACUGAAUACUGGAGACCCACCUAGCAGCCGCUGGUUCGUCAACAGCUUUUAAGAUGCUGCUGUUAAUGCAGACAGAUUUAGGAAAUAAAAUACUGCGAACAUGUAAGCUUCAGGGCACUUACGCAACUAGGUGGAGGAUUUGGGUGUGAUAUUGAUGUGUCUCUCCUGUCUGGAUGCUUGUGUAAUUCUUUGUCUUCACCUGUGUUGAUGUCAUCAUGAGCUCUAAGAUAUUUUCCAAAGAAAGGGAAAAGCUGGAAGGGGCGCAGUUCUAAUUUAUUGCAAAAAUAUUAAAAUCUUAUUUGGGGAAGCUCUGGGGUUUUUUAACUUUACAUUUCCCCCCCACACGAAAAGCAAAACACAGAGGACAUCAUUAUUCCUGGGAUUUCUUCUCCUAACACACAUUUCCCUCUAAUAUUUUAGAAAAGCCUUUUCCCCCCUCUCACAUGCAAGAUGGGGACUAUGCCGUCUAACAUGGUGGCUUCAAAAAUGCUAGUUGCUUCAAAAAUAUUGUUUAUACCCAUGAGCAAAUUCUAGAUAGAUUAAUUGAUCAAAAUAGUAAAACUCAUAUGAUUACCGUAUUUUUCGCUCUAUAAGACGCACCAGACCACAAGACGCACCUAGUUUUUGGAGGAGGAAAA